GGCUCCCCCUGUUUGUCAUCCACGGAGAACCCUGCAGUUCUGGGGCCUGUCCAGGGAGGGUCUCUGGGUACGAACCCGGAGCGGAGGGUGUUAAGUUACUGCUCUGGGCCGCCGCCAAGUUUGGCCUGCUGCUGUGAACUGCGGGCAGGAAGGGGAGGGCCCAGCCGGGCAAGGGGGAGCGGGGCGCGGGCUCAGGGCUGGGUCGGAAAAGCUGCCUCACUGCACCGUCCUGCCCCUCCGGCCCGGAGGUCUGACCGGGGCCUCCUAUACAGUUUCGCUGCUCCUACCCGGAGGCUGAGCCCGCGGCGGCUUCGCCACAAUGUCCCAGCCCGGCCCGAAGCCUGCCGCCUCUCCCAGGCCCCGGCGCGGCGCGGCAGCCCGCCACACCCAGGAGCAUGUUAAUGAAAAGAAUACUGGACCAUCUUCCAAGUCAGGAGAAAAGAAAGGAUCAGAUGAGAAAAAAACAGCAAUUUUGGGGAGCAGUCAGCCUUCCAAAAACCAUUCUGGUGGAGCUGCUACAGUCACCAAGGUGCCAGCUUCAUCUGCUGCAGCCAGCAAGUUUCCCAGUAUGAGUACCACAGAAGCUAAGGCCAUUCCAGUCUGCAAACAAAUGGAAGGACCUCAUCUGCCUGACAAGAAAAGGCACAGAAAACAGGCUGUGAAAACAGAGUCUGAGAAGUCGCAAUCAAGUAAGCCAUCUGUGGUUCAUGAGAAAAAGUCCCAAGAAAGAAAGGCAAAGGAAGGCUCAGAGCCCCCAAACCUUCCCAAGCAUGCAUCAGAUACAGGAAGUAAGCAUGCUCAUAAAGAAAAAGCAGUUUCCAGAUCAAAUGAGAAGACGGUGUCAGAAAAAUCAGCAGAACCAAAGACAAAAUCACAAGAUGCUCCUGCUGCUGGAGGGGGUGUGGUUGCUGGUGUGGCAGUGGCUGCAGCAUCAGACAAGGUGGAUGGCAAGAAAAAAGAAAAGAAGUCAUUAACGCCCACUUCACCAGUGGAGUCCAAACUAAGCAAGCCAUCUGGCAAGUCAGGCAUAGAUGUUGCUUUAGAUGACCUGAUAGACACUUUAGGGAAACCUGAAGAAACUAACAAAGAUGAUCCACGAUACACUGGACCAAUAGUUUUGGACCCAAUGGAUUCUACCUACAUUGAGGCACUAGGUAUAAAAGAAGGGACUAUUCCUCCAGAGUACAGGGAACUUCUGGCUAAAAAGGAAGGGAUCACAGGACCUCCUUCAGAUUCUAAACCCAUGGGACCUGAUGAUGCUAUAGACGCCUUGUCAUCUGACUUCACCUGUAGUUCUCCGCCUGGAAAGCAAACUAAGAAAGAGAAAUCAACAGGGGACGUUUUCAAAGCUCAGGCUGCUGGAGUGACCAGAAGUUCUGUUCCUCCCCAGGAGAAAAAAAGGAAGGUGGAAGAGGAUGUCAUGAGUGAUCAAGCCCUGCAGGCUCUGUCAGAUUCACUGGGCACCCGGCAGCCAGACCCUGAGAGCCACCUUAGCCAAGCUGAACAAGUCAAAGAGGCAAAAGCAAAAGAAGAAAGGCAGGAGAAGUGUGGUGAAGACGAUGACACAGUCCCGGCUGAGUACAGGUUAAAGCCGGCUGUGGAUAAAGAUGGAAAACCACUAUUGCCAGAACCUGAAGAAAAGUCUAAGCACCUGAGUGAAGCAGAGCUGAUUGGGCAACUUUCAGAAGAUUUUGGCCGAUCUACAUGUCAAGACAAACCAUCUAUACCCGCUGAGAAAAUAGAAAAGUCUAAGGACACAUCCCCAACUCCUGUGGCCGAGCCUGUGCCUCGGGCCUCCAUGUGCAGUAUACAGUCAGCACCACCCAAACCAGCAUCUUCGAAGAGCAUGGCUCCAGAUGAUGCUGUCGAAACCUUGGCUGGAAGCCUGGGGAAAAAAGAAGCAAAUCCAGAAGAUGAAAAACCUGUAGUGGAUAAAGUCAAAGAGAAGGCUAAAGAAAAAGACUAUGAAAAACUUGGUGAAAAAGAAGAAACAAUUCCUCCUGAGUAUAAACUAGAAGAGGUCAAGGAUAAGGAUGGAAAGCCACUCCUGCCAAAAGAGCCCAAGGAACAACUUCCACCCUUGAGUGAUGACUUCCUUCUUGAUGCCUUGUCUCAGGACUUCUGCAAUACCACAAACAUAUCGUCUCUUGAAUUUGAAGAUGCCAAACUUUCUGCUGCCAUCUCUGAAGUAGUUUCCCAGACACCUGUGCCUAGCACCCACGCAGCUCCUAGCACCCACGCAGCAGCCCCUCCGCCUGAUACUGAGCACAGAGACAAAGAACUCAGUGAUGCCUUGGAUGAACUCUCUGACCGUCUUGGGGAAAGACAGCCUGACCCAGAUGAGAACAAACCAGUAGAUGAUAAAGUAAAGGAAAAAAUUAAAGCAGAACAUCGUGAGAAACUUGGAGAAAGAGAUGACACUAUCCCACCUGAGUAUAGGCAUCUCCUGGACAAUGAUGGGCAGGGCAAACCAGAGAAGCCACCUACAAAGAAAUCAAAGAAGCCUGAUCAUGACCAGGACCCCAUUGAUGCCCUCUCAGAAGAUUUGAAUAGCUGCCCCUCAACUACAGAGACCUCACAGAAUACAGCAAAGGAGAAGAGCAAGAAGAUGGGUUCAAGUUCCAAAGCACCCAAGAAUGGAGUGAAAACAAAGGAUUCCUCCAAGAAGACAGAAGUGUCCAAUCCAAAGGCUGACGAAAAGGAAAGCUAAACAUUUGGGUAUCUGAAUAGAAAUUCUUCAGCUGGUGGAUGGUGACUUUUGAAGAACAACGGCUUUGGUGACAACUUUUCUGGGUGGCUUCUAGACAGUGGUAUUUGUUACGUCUUUUGACAUCUUAAACAUUGGUUUGUUAUUCUUUUGCAAGAAGAAAAUGAAUUUGUCUGGUUUACCUGUGUUACUGUAUUGAGUAUGGAUAAACUUCAAAGAUUUUAAAUUGCCUUUAGGUGGGAGAAGGAAACUUUAUAUUUGUAAGAAAUAUAUUUCAUAGUUUCUUAAAACACCAAAAACAAAAACAAAAAACAAAAAACAAAAAAAACCAGAAAACCUUUGCAAACUUUUGCACAUUAUACAUACAGUGCCUAUAAAUCUCAUUAGUAGUUUUGGUUUGCACUUAAUGUUUUUAGCAUUUGAAAAAUAAUGCUCUCAUCUUUUGUCAGUAUUCUGAUUUCUUAUUACCUCUUUUCCUCUUCGGCUUUUGAACUGUAUUUGAUGUAUCUUUGGGUUAAUGUUGAUGAGUCAAGUAUAAAAUAUUAUACGUUGGGCACAUAACUCCUUUGGGGCUGCUAGUAAUAAACUGAUAGAUAACCUGGGCAAACCAGGGAGCACUA